AUGUGUAAUGACUCCGAAGCCUCAUCUGAUCCACGUACCUUGGCCUACAACGUGCUUGACGAACUGAAAGGCUACAUUGCUGAAAAUGGGAACGUCAAACUUGGUGGUAGAGGGCACGCAGACUUUGUUAUUGGAUGUGCCCAACGCAUCAUCGACAUUUUCAUAGCAAGCUAUGAGAAAAACAGGAUAGGAGAAAAGCUUGAUAACAUAACCAACAAAAUCGACCACCUAAUUAACAACAACUCCAGAGGAGACCUGGUUGAAACUCAACACAAACUGAUAGAAAAACUGGACACAAUUAAUCUUAAUAGCUCCAUCUGUUCCCAACAACAUAUGAAUUAUAGCAGGGCGCUUAAAUUGGGUAAAGUUCUAGAGUACCCUAACAACAUAAAGAAGACAACAACCACCCAGAACGUCCUUCUCGUGUAUGGUAAAGGAGAGGAGAAGAACAGUGAGAACAUUAAAAAGUCCAUACAGAAUACCAUCGAACCAUCAAAAUUGAGAAUUGGCAUUGAAAAAAUCAGGAAAAUUGGAGGAGGUGGCAUCGCUAUAGAAAUGGAAAACAUGGAUAACAUUACAAUCUUGGAAACUAAAAUCAAAGAAAAACUGCCCGAAUUAGACACACGACGACCAAGGAAGCGGAGACCACACAUCAGUAUUAUCUCUGUUCCCCAGGAAUGCAAUAUAGAAGAGAUCCCACAAAAAAUAUAUGACCAAAACACUAUAAUUCAAGACAAUUAUGAACGCAGUCAAUUUGAAGAGGAAUUUAAGGUGAAAUUCAAUACUGGCAGGAAAGAGAGCUCCUUCAAAAAUUGGAUAGUCGAAGUCACACCCAAACUGAGGAAACUACUCAUAACUUCAGGAAAAGUCAACAUAGAGUGGUCCAGGUGUCGCAUUGUGGACUUCUGUCCGGUCCUGCAAUGCUAUAAAUGUUGCAAAUUUGGACACUCCACCAAAACCUGCCCCGAGAAAGAAAGCAUAUGUAGCCAAUGUGCAGGAAAGCACACAUAUAGAGAAUGUCCGCUUCGUGAUGUGCAGCCCACUUGUUGUAAUUGUACAAAAGACAGGAGAAUGGAGGUAAACCAUAACGCACGCAGUAGCACUUGCCCUAUUUAUCUUAAGCUGAAGACCAACCUCAUCUCACGCACCAACUAUGAAUCUUACUAA